AUGCUGCGACCGGUACAACGCCUAGUUGCAUUGCUGCUCCUGCUCGCGCGAGAUGCGUGUAUCCCUCACGCUGUCUUAGUCUAUGAACUGGAGAGCCCCGUCUUUGACAACCUCCUGACGCACGAGGACCGCGCUCGUCUGCGCGACUGCCCAUGUCCAAACAGCAGCAACACAAGUGAGCUCAGCCCCUUGUCAUUGUGUCUCCCUAUCGAUUUUACUGGCAAAAGGCCUCGGAAAGAGGUGUUCGCCUUUUCGGUAGCGACCGAUGACCGCUGGAAACACUAUGACUGGGACCAGCUCACGACCGUGGCUUGGAAUGAAGACAAGCAGCUGCUUUGUCAUGCACACAGUAAGGGCGUGAAGGUGGUAGUGAAGCACAAUUUUGAGGAUGUGGCUCAACUGUGCAACGGGACUGCACGCCAGGACUGGAUCGAGGCGGCAUACUCGAAGAUUGUGCUCAACUACGCUGACGGAGUCAACAUUGACACGGAAAAGCCCAUGCAUGGGGCCAUCUCACGUUGUCUUGGCUCGCUUGUAAAAGAGCUGCGCGUCGAGCUAGAGCAGCAUGCGCUCACGAAGAACGCACAGAUUACAUUCGACGUGCCUUGGGCUCCUCGAGGUGUGGACGGUCGCUAUUACCCCUGGCGAGAGCUCAGUCUCGCCGCUGAUUUUCUGUUUGUUAUGUCGUACGAUAUGCGCAGUCAAGUGUACGAUGCGUGCAUUGCUGGCGCCAACGCGCCGUUGGCACUCGUGAAGCAAGGUCUGCAAGAGUUUCUUCUCGCGAACGACGUCGCACCGGAUAAGCUGGUACUUGGAGUGCCCUGGUACGGCUACCUCUACCAGUGCCUGGAACGAACGAGAGGAGCACGUGACAACGCCCCGAGGUGUCAGAUCCAGCCCGUGCCUUUCUUUGGUGCCCCUUGCAGCGACGCAACUGGUCGACAAGUUGACUACGGCGAUAUUCGACGACUGAUGAAGAGCCGAGGGCUUGUCCUACAAUGGGACGCCAUGACACAGACCCCUUUUGUCUCGUACUCGUCAGCGGGACAACAGCUGCAGCUUUGGUUUGACAACCCAAACAGUUUACGAAGCAAGUACGCACUUGCUCGCGAGCUCGGACUGCGCGGCGUGGGCAUGUGGAAUGCCGACGCGCUGGACUAUUCAGCAGAGAACGACAGCCAGAUCAUGUGGGGCUCGUUGGCCGAAGCUUUUGCAGCCAAAGUCUCUAUAGAAUGA